CGUCCCGAUUGGGCCCCUUGCUCCCUGCCAGGCUUUGGUUCCGGGAGCCUUUUCCGGCGGUGCAAUUAGCGGGGUGGCUGAAGGUGAUAGCAAUGGCUGGCCGCAGGGUUGCUCUGAAAGCAAUAGAUUGGGCAGCAUUUGCUGAACGAGUAGCAGUGGAACAGAAACCUAUGUUUAAUGCUUUGAAAUCACGUAGCGAUGCUCUUGCAGCCAAGCUUGCGUCUUUGCCAGAGACACCACCAGCCAUUGACUGGACUUUCUACAAGACUACAGUUGCAAACCCUGCCCUAGUAGAUGAUUUUGAAAAGAAGGUGAGGCACUUUUAAAUUUGUGGGUGUUUGAGGUG